AUGCAGGCGGCGGCGGCUGCCGCGGUGCCCUUCUUGCUGCUCUGCGCCUUGGGGACCUGGUCUCCGGUGCGCUGCGGCCAGGCAGGAGACGCCUCGUUGACGGAGCUGGAGAGGAGGACCGAGCACGGCUUCCUGCAGCGCCAGAGCAUCGUGCCACUCCGGCUCGUCUAUCGCUCCGGCGGCGGCGAGGACGAAACUCGGCGCGGCGCGCUAGAGACGCGGGUGCGGGGCGACCCUGGCGGCGGGCAGUUGACUCACGUUGACCAAGCAACCUUCCAGGUUGAUGCCUUUGGAACAUCAUUCAUUCUCGAUGUCAUAUUAAAUCAUGAUUUGCUGUCCUCUGACUACAGAGAGAGACACAUUGAGCCUGGAGGCAAGACGGUGGAGGUUAAAGGCGGGGAACACUGUUACUACCAGGGACAUAUCCGAGGAAACCCUGCCUCAUUUGUUGCGCUGUCAACGUGCCAUGGACUUCGCGGGAUGUUCUACGACGGGAACCACACAUACCUCAUUGAGCCAGAAGAAACCGAUGCGUCCCAGGAAGAUUUUCAAUUUCAUUCAAUUUAUAAAUCCAGACUGUUUGAAUUUCCUUUGGAUGACCUUCCAUCUGAAUUCCAACAAGUAAAUAUCACUUCACCAAAAUUUAUUUUGAAGCCAAGGUCAAAAAGGAUUAAAAGGCAGCUUCGCCGACGUCCUCGCAACGUAGAGGAGGAAACCAAAUAUAUUGAACUAAUGAUUGUCAAUGAUCAUCUCAUGUUUAAAAAGCAUCGGUUGUCAGUUGUACAUACAAAUACCUAUGCGAAAUCUGUGGUGAACAUGGCCGAUUUAAUCUAUAAAGACCAACUUAAGACAAGGAUAGUAUUGGUUGCCAUGGAAACCUGGGCAAGUGACAACAAGUUCGUCAUAUCUGAAAAUCCAUUGAUCACCCUACGUGAGUUUAUGAAAUACAGGAGGGAUUUUAUCAAAGAGAAAAGUGAUGCAGUUCACCUUUUUUCGGGGAGUCAAUUUGAGAGUAGCCGGAGCGGGGCAGCUUAUAUUGGUGGGAUAUGCUCAUUGCUGAAAGGAGGAGGCGUGAAUGAAUUUGGUAAAACUGACUUAAUGGCAGUUACACUUGCCCAGUCCUUGGCCCAUAAUAUUGGUAUUAUCUCAGACAAAACAAAGUUAGCCAGUGGAGAGUGUAAAUGUGAGGACACGUGGUCUGGAUGUAUAAUGGGAGAUACUGGCUAUUAUCUUCCUAAAAAGUUCACCCAAUGUAAUAUUGAAGAGUAUCAUGAGUUCUUGAAUAGUGGAGGUGGUGCCUGCCUUUUCAACAAGCCCUCUAAGCUUCUGGAUCCCCCAGAGUGCGGCAAUGGCUUCAUUGAAACCGGAGAGGAGUGUGACUGUGGGACCCCCACGGAAUGUGUCCUUGAAGGAGCAGAAUGUUGUAAGAAAUGCACCUUGACUCAAGACUCGCAGUGCAGUGAUGGCCUUUGUUGUAAAAAGUGCAAGUUUCAGCCGAUGGGGACUGUGUGCCGAGAAGCGGUAAAUGAUUGUGAUAUUCAUGAAACAUGCUCAGGAAAUUCAAGCCAGUGUGCCCCUAACAUUCAUAAAAUGGACGGAUACUCAUGUGAUGGGGUUCAGGGAAUUUGCUUUGGAGGAAGAUGUAAAACCAGGGACAGACAAUGCAAAUACAUAUGGGGACAAAAGGUGACAGUGUCCGACAAAUACUGCUAUGAGAAGCUGAAUAUUGAGGGCACCGAGAAGGGGAACUGUGGCAAGGACAAAAACACUUGGAUACAGUGCAACAAACGGGAUGUCCUCUGUGGUUACCUUUUAUGCACUAAUAUUGGUAAUAUACCAAGACUUGGAGAACUUGAUGGUGAAAUCACAUCUACUUUACUUGUGCAGCAGGGGAGAACAUUAAACUGCAGUGGUGGGCAUGUUAAGCUUGAAGAAGAUGUUGACCUUGGCUAUGUGGAAGAUGGUACUCCCUGUGGUCCCAAAAUGAUGUGCUUGGAACAUAGAUGUCUUCCUGUGGCUUCUUUCAACUUCAGUACUUGCUUAAGCAGUGAAGUAGGCACUGUUUGUUCAGGAAACGGGGUUUGCAGUAAUGAGCUGAGGUGUGUGUGUAAUAGACAUUGGAUUGGUGCAGACUGCAGCACUUACUUCCCACACAAUGAUGAUGAAAAGGCUGGCAUUACUCUGUCUGGCAAUGGUGUUGCUGGUACCAAUAUCAUAAUAGGCAUAAUUGCCGGCACCAUUUUAGUGCUGGCCCUCAUCUUAGGAAUCACUGCAUGGGGUUAUAAAAACUAUCGAGAACAGAGACAGUUACCCCAGGGAGAUUAUGUAAAAAAGCCUGGAGAUGGCGACUCUUUUUAUAGCGACAUCCCUCCUGGAGUCAGCACAAACUCAGCAUCUAGCUCUAAGAAGAGAUCGAACGGACUCUCUCACUCUUGGAGUGAAAGAAUUCCAGACACAAAACAUAUUUCAGACAUCUGUGAAAAUGGACGACCUCGGAGUAAUUCUUGGCAAGGUAACCUGGGAGGCAACAGAAAGAAAAUCAGAGGGAAACGAUUUAGACCUCGGUCUAACUCAACUGAGCAUCUCCGCAACUGUGCCCAAACCAAUAUGCACUGAUAGUGGGGGGCUCACCUUCGCUACAGGCUUUUUCCUCCAGUAACCUGCCAUUGUGGUGUCUUCUUGGUUCUGUGUCUGAAGGGAAUUUUGAUAACAUUCCUCUUCUCAUCUCCUGGGGUCCAGCCAUUCCAGAAGGGUCACCCUUCCUCUCCCUAAUACUCACUCAGCCUGGAAGCAUUGGGGGGAAAAUUCCCAUUGUAUUAGAGCAUGAAACUGCUCACGAUCUGACUCCUCCACUCAGAGGUCUUCAUGGCUGCAAUCUAAGCAUUCUCUCAGACUAAUCAAACAGCGUUCACUUUUCAACUUUCCUUCUGAAGACAAGAGGGCAUUUACCUAAACUUAACCGAACCAUUGUCACUAACUACAACACAAGCGUUUUCAAUGUCAGCACAUGUUUUUUUUGGGGGGGGUCAGGGGUCAGAAGUUACAUUUGAAGUAGUUUGUAAUGAAGUAAUCACCAUGCACUUUUUUUUGUUUCUUUCUCCACUUAAGAAAGUACGAGCAUAACAAAGCUUCAUCUCUUUGCAUCGAACAAAACACACCCUUAGUAUCCUUCUGGACUGACCUUGCCACCUGAUUGAUUUUAAUUUCCUGUAUUUUUUGAUCCAUCUAAAAGAAAUUUAAUUAUCUGUCACCAUGGUGGGAGUUAUUAUUCCCAGGAUCUCUGUUGCUUCUUCAUGCCUUACUACUUGAAAUAUUCAAAUAGCAGGUAUUUGUUAACUGCUUGCCAGAAACCUAUGUUAGCAUUUCCAUCACAUACCCUGCCUUUUUCAGGCCAGGAAUAAUAACAUUGCCCUGAAAUUUGGACCUUCCAGCUGAAUGGUAUUGUCUUGUAAGUGGCUUGUCAAAGUUUACUAGAGGAUACUUUACCUUAGAACAAUAGAUAAUUUUAAGUGAUACGAUUGCAUGGUCCAGAAUGGCAUCAUAAAACUUCAUCAUAUAUAACUAAUCUGUUCGAGUUUAUCUUAUACAUUCCCAAAGUGCUUGGAUGCUCUGGGGCUCAUUACUGAUAAACUCUUCUUGGAAUGUUUCUCUCUUUGUUUUGCAUGGGGUCACUUCGUAAGGGCUCCUUUAGCUUAUCUCGGCUGCUCACAAGAGAACAGAUAAAACUGCAAAAUGUUCUUUAGAACUUCCUUUGUGUACAUUCCCGUUUCCUAACAGGAUUUCCUAUAGCAAGGCUUUAAAAACUGCUAAGUGAAAAGGAUAGAAAGUUCAACAUUAUGUUAGGCUCUUAGUUGAGGACCCAAAGAAGACUGUGUUUAGUAAGAGUCACAUAAUUGUUUUCAAGAGUGAUCACUUAUAUUUUGAAAUUUUGGUUACAAUCCUUACUCAUAUCACGUGAUUAAAAGUGAUUUGAGUCCUUAUACAAUAUUUCCUAUAAGGUAAUCCAGUUAUUAUAUUUAAUAAGACAUCCGAUGGCAUCAUUUUGUGAGGGAAACCUGUGAAGGAUUAUGUUAGACAUGGUUCGCUAGAGAAAUAA